AGACUAGCAAUGGAUAUACAGUUAUUUAUACUUGUGUGGAUUUUCUUGGCUUUUCAAGAAAGUCAAGCAAGCAUACAUUUUUGGGCCUCCGAAGUAACAAAGUUUUCCAACCAGUACAACACUGGAGGUUAUUCUGCUAAUCAAGUUUUAGGAAAACCAGACGUAUAUCCAAAGUAUGGCGACUCGGUGAACACUUGGACACAGUCUUCUAAUCAGUUAGACAGAGUUCACUUUAUUGAAGUAAAAUUUCCAAGGAAAAUCUUUUUAACGAAAGUCAACAUCUACGAAACAUACCAUGCCGGGGCAGUCGUAAAAAUUUCGGCAAAAGAUGAAGAUAACCAAUGGGUGGUCAUAUACAAUGUCACCCAUGCUCAUGUCAUACGGAAAGCUAGGAAGUUUUCUCCACCAAUAAAGAGGAUCAUGUUCCCAGUAGACGAGCUGAGAAUCGAGGUGGAUUGCUUGGCGUCCAAAGGUUAUGUAGAAAUCGAUGCCAUUGAAAUAGUUGGAGCACUACUUUUUCUUUCAGAUAUGUGCCCUUUGCCCUUUUUCAAAUACAGAAGCUCUUGUUACUUUAUAAAGAAAGACGCCGUUUCCGGGGAUGAAGCCUUUGCUAGAUGUCUUCAGAUUGGAGGAUAUCUGGCUAAUUUUGAAACGCUAGAAGAGACCAUGCUGAUGAAGGACAAGUUAAAAAAAAUGAAGACAGGAAUCUCCUACUACGUUGGUGGAAGGAACAUCAACAGUAAAAAACCUGGAGGAGACUGGAGAUGGAUCAAGCACGGAACUAUGACAAAAAUGACGUAUUUUGUUUUUUCUAAAGGAGAACCGAGUGGCACAGAGCAAUCUCCAGAGAACUGUAUGAUAUUUUUAGCUGGAGAUCGGUACAAAAUUCACGACGUCUUCUGUGACAAUGGUUAUAAUCUCGGAGGAUAUAUUUGUGAAAUUUAAAAAAAGAAGUUUGAAAUUAGUAAGAGCUUUUAACUCCUAAGAUAUAUUUGUGAAA